CCCAAACACCACUUUGAGACUCAAACACCACUUUUUACGCUCUCACAAAUACUUACCUUGAACUACUUGAACUACUAUGGGUUCGAUAUUUUCAGCGAUCGGCUCUGGCAUCAAUUCCGUCGUAUCUGCAAUUGCGGCCGUCAUCAUGGCGAUUGUAGGCGCAAUCACAACGGUUAUCGUCACUAUCUUCGAUGUAAUAGUAGACAUUCUUUGCUGCAGAUGCUGCGGCUCGCGCAGUUCUGGUCGCCGCACUGGACGGUCCAGGAGGGGAAGAAGAUCGGGAGUUUACUAGAUGCGAUAAUCGUGACAAUGACGCUUACUUAUGAACGUAUACACGACUGAAUUUUCUCCCUUGCUUUCUGUACUCUUAAUUUGAUUCCCAUCUUGUCUUAAAA